GGCUCCUGGCCCGGCGCUCCGGCGCGGCUCGGGCUUGGGAAGACAGGACCGUGACUGGCCGGCUGAGCUCCGGGCGGGCCGCGAAGCAGGGCCCAGGAUGGCGCUCUCAGUGGCAGGGCUCCUUGUCUGCUCCCUCGUGCAAACCAUCCUCUCCCUCAACCCCGAGGACCCCAACGUGUGCAGCCACUGGGAGAGCUAUGCUGUGACUGUCCAGGAAUCAUACGCACACCCCUUUGAUCAGAUCUACUACACACGAUGCACAGACAUCCUCAACUGGUUCAAAUGCACCAGGCACCGAAUCAGUUAUAAGACGGCGUAUCGGCGUGGGCUCCGGACCAUGUACCGGCGGAGGUCCCAGUGCUGUCCUGGCUACUAUGAGAACGGAGACUUCUGCAUACCCCUGUGUACGGAGGAGUGUGUGCACGGCCGCUGUGUUUCCCCGGACACCUGCCACUGUGAGCCCGGCUGGGGAGGGCCUGACUGCUCCAGCGGCUGCGACAGCGACCACUGGGGCCCGCAUUGCAGCAACCGAUGCCAGUGCCAAAACGGGGCCCUGUGCAAUCCCAUCACCGGCGCCUGCGUGUGCGCUGCCGGCUUCCGCGGCUGGCGCUGCGAGGAGCUCUGCGCGCCGGGCACCCACGGCAAGGGCUGCCAGCUGCCGUGCCAGUGCCGCCACGGCGCCAGCUGCGACCCCCGCACCGGCGAGUGCCUCUGCGCGCCCGGCUACACCGGCGUCUACUGCGAGGAGCUCUGCCCACCUGGGAGCCACGGGGCUCACUGUGAGCUGCGCUGCCCCUGCCAGAAUGGGGGUACCUGCCACCACAUCACUGGCGAGUGUGCCUGCCCCCCAGGCUGGAUGGGAGCAGUGUGUGCCCAACCCUGCCCACCAGGGACAUUCGGCCAGAACUGCAGCCAGGACUGUCCUUGCCACCACGGAGGGCAGUGUGACCACGUGACUGGGCAGUGCCACUGCGCAGCCGGAUACAUGGGGGACAGGUGCCAAGAGGAAUGCCCCUUGGGCACCUUCGGCUUCCAGUGCUCACAGCGCUGUGACUGCCACAACGGGGGCCGGUGUUCGCCCACCACCGGCGCCUGCGAGUGUGAAGCUGGCUACAAAGGCCCGCGCUGCCAGGAGCGGCUGUGCCCCGAGGGCCUACACGGCCCUGGCUGCAGCGCGCCCUGCCCCUGCGAUGCCGACAGCACCAUCAGCUGCCACCCAGUAACUGGAGCUUGCACCUGCCAGCCGGGAUGGUCUGGCCACCACUGCAAUGAGUCCUGCCCUGCUGGCUACUACGGCGAUGGCUGCCAGCUGCCUUGCACCUGUCAGAAUGGCGCCGACUGCCACAGCAUCACUGGGAGCUGCGCUUGUGCCCCAGGCUUCAUGGGGGAGGUGUGUGCAGUUCCCUGUGCAGCAGGGACCUACGGCCCCAACUGCUCGUCCGUCUGUAGCUGUAACAAUGGUGGCACCUGCUCUCCAGUAGACGGCUCCUGCACCUGCAAGGAGGGGUGGCAGGGUCUCGACUGCACCCUGCCGUGUCCCAGAGGGACGUGGGGCCUGAACUGCAACGAGAGCUGCGCCUGUGCCAAUGGGGCGGCCUGCAGCCCUACAGAUGGCUCCUGCUCCUGCGCCCCCGGCUGGCUGGGGGACACCUGUGAACUGCCCUGCCCGGACGGCACAUUUGGGCUGAACUGCAGUGAGCGCUGUGACUGCAGCCACGCUGAUGGCUGUGAUCCCGUCACAGGCCACUGCUGCUGCCUGGCCGGAUGGACAGGCAUCCACUGUGACAGCACAUGCCCGCCCGGUCGCUGGGGCCCCAACUGCUCUGUGUCCUGCAGCUGUGAGAACGGCGGCUCCUGCUCCCCAGAGGAUGGGAGCUGCGAGUGUGCCCCGGGCUUCCGAGGACCCUUAUGCCAGAGAAUCUGCGCCCCUGGGUUCUAUGGCCACGGCUGCGGCCAGCCAUGCCCCCUCUGCGUGCACAGCCGUGGGCCCUGCCACCACGUCAGCGGCAUCUGUGAGUGCCUCCCUGGAUUCUCCGGAGCCCUCUGCAACCAAGUGUGUGCUGGAGGGCACUUUGGGCAGGACUGUGCCCAACUCUGCUCCUGUGCCAACAACGGGACCUGCAGCCCCAUAGAUGGUUCCUGCCAGUGCUUCCCUGGAUGGAUUGGCAAGGACUGCUCACAGGCUUGCCCACCUGGGUUCUGGGGCCCCGCCUGCUUCCACACAUGCAGCUGCCACAACGGGGCGAGCUGUAGCGCUGAGGAUGGGGCCUGCCACUGCACCCCUGGUUGGAUCGGACUCUUCUGCACGCAGCGCUGCCCAGCAGCGUUUUAUGGGAAGGACUGCGGGCGUGUGUGCCAGUGUCAGAACGGCGCCAGCUGUGACCACAUCAGCGGCAAGUGCACCUGCCGCACGGGCUUCACCGGGCGACACUGUGAGCAGAGAUGUGCCCCAGGAACCUUUGGCUACGGGUGUCAGCAGCUGUGUGAGUGCAUGAACAACGCCACCUGUGACCACGUCACAGGCACCUGUUAUUGCAGCUCUGGAUUCAAAGGGAUCAGGUGUGACCAAGCUGCCCUCAUGAUGGAGGAGCUGAACCCCUACACCAAGAUCAGCCCAGCACUGGGUGCAGGGCGGCACUCGGUGGGUGCUGUCACAGGCAUCGUCCUCCUGUUGUUCCUCAUUGCGGUGCUGCUGGGCCUGUUUGCCUGGCGGCGGCGGCGGCAGCAAAAAGAGAAGGGCCGAGACCUGGCUCCCCGCGUCUCCUACACACCUGCCAUGAGGAUGACCAGCACAGACUAUUCCCUCUCAGAUUUGUCUCAAAGUAGCAGCCAUGCCCAGUGCUUUUCCAAUUCCAGCUACCACGCACUGGCGUGCGGGGGGCCUGCCACCAGCCAGGCCAGCACUCUGGACAGGAACAGCCCCACCAAGCUCAGUAACAAGUCCCUUGACAGAGACAUGGCAGGCUGGACCCCCUACAGCUAUGUGAACGUGUUAGACUCCCAUUUCCAGAUCAGUGCCCUGGAGGCCAGGUACCCGCCCGAGGACUUCUACAUUGAACUUAGACACCUCAGCCGCCCCGCUGAGCUACACUCACCAGGUGCUUGUGGAAUGGAUAGACGUCAGAACACAUACAUUAUGGACAAAAGCUUCAAAGAUUACAUGAAAGAAUCCGUAUGCAGUUCUAGCACUUGUUCCUUGAAUAGCAGUGAAAACCCUUAUGCCACAAUUAAGGACCCACCCAUCCUCACCUGCAAGCUUCCAGAAAGCAGCUAUGUAGAAAUGAAGUCGCCUGUGCACAGGGGGUCUCCAUACACAGAUGUGCCAUCCUUGUCGACAUCUAAUAAAAAUAUAUAUGAAGUUGAGCCCACAGUCAGUGUGGUCCAAGAAGGCCGCGGCUGUAACUCCAGCUAUAUCCAGAAUCCAUACGACCUACCUAGGAACAGCCAUAUUCCUGGUCAUUAUGACCUCCUCCCAGUAAGAGAGAGCCCUGCCAAUGGGCCGUCCCAGGACAAGCAGUCUUAA